GAAGAAGAAGAGGAGGACAAGAAUUAUAUCGAGUAGUUUUGUGUGUGUAAAAAUAUAAUUAAAAUAAAAUAUCGGGAUAUACAUAUUAAAAUAUACAAAAUUUUUGUAACAAUAUUCAACAAAAGUACUCGAAUAGUAACAAUAUGUCGAUAACAGUUGUUAAAAAUCAAUUAAACGAAUGAAAUAAAAUCGAUACUACGAAAAAUUAUCCGUGAGAAAAAAACGAGUUGUGGAAAAAGUAGACAGACAGUAAAAAGACAAGACAUGGUUCAGUCAUCAUCAUUAUAUUUUUAUGUACAAUGCUUAAACAUAAACUAGUGCGAUCAAUUGUUUAUGCAAACUGAAUCGUCGCCGUGUGUGUGUGUAAAAUUGUAGUUAUAAUUUAGUUUGCUUGCUACUUUGACAAAACAAAAGAAUUUUAAAAUAAACAUACAAAAGUUUUUAAUAAAGAAAUACAACAAAUAUUCCUCCUUUGUGUUAUGGGGUCAAAGUAGUCGUAUUGUUUUAUUCGAGUUGAUAUUUUGGAUAUGGCAACUCUAUCAAGGUAGCAGGAAAAGAACUAGGAUAAAGGAAGGCGGUAUACAGAGUUGCCAAUAAUAUUUUUGUUUAGUGACAAAAAUUAUGUUAAACUAUUAUAGCCCCCAAAACGAUUAAAUAUUUUACUAAAUCGAAUUCAUUGUUUAUUAAUGAAAAAAUAUAUUUUAAGAAAUAAUCAAAAUAUUCACACAAUUUAAAUCCAUCAAUUGUUGUUGUAUAUUUCACAAGAGCUGGCAUCUCUGUAAAAUGAAAAUGGCGUACUACCGUUCCUUUUGUUAUCCCGUGCCUGUGCAGCUGGGAAUGUUAUAUUUCGGAUUUUACUAAAAGAAAGAAGUGCAUAUAACAAAUUGUUCCAAACCCCUUUUCGUUGAAAGGGACACACGACGAGUUGUGAUUUACAAAAUAUUUAUUGUUGCAGAAUUCCCUCUGGGUCAUGGUGUUCAAAAGCCUGUAUCAAAAGUCCAUAGGAUAAAAAUGAACGAAUAAAAAAUCCCAGACCUCUCACAUAUAAGCAGUGCCACUCAGCAGUGCAAUUGUUUGUAGUGGUGUGUGGUGUAUUGCUGCUGCUGUUGUGCCGUCUGUGUGAAGGGUUGAAUAUCUCGAAUGGUUACAUUUGUUGUGUGUACAUGGUAAAAAUUGUCAAGAAUAGCCGAAAACCAUACAAAUAAUUGAAGGUGCAUUACGGACCCAGAGGAUAGACAACAACUUUUGUUUAUUAUAAGUUGUUUUAUUAUAAGACAACAAUAUAAGUUGGGAAAAUGCCUAGUGCAUCAUUUACAUCGUCGCGCUCCUAUGUGCGGCGUUCCAAACGAAAGGGUGCCAAUCGCAUAGCUUUGCCUAAUCGUCCGGUUGGCAAUAUUAUGGAUCCGAUAUUACAAAAUUCAUCAUCACAAAUCAUACAAAAUCACUCGGUAGCUAUUAACUCUUCUUCGGCGGCAACAUCGUCGUCGGCAUCAGGUUCAUGUCAACCCACCCCAGCAAGCACAUCGAAUUCAGCAGGUGAUAUGUACGACGGUUCUGGACCCUCAUGUUCUAAAGUACAGGUAUUAAAUUCUUGUCCAUCUUCGUCGUCAUCGUCAACAAAUAUGGGUUUAAAUCAAAUUGUGGGAGUUAAUUCAAAUUCAAAUAGCGGCGUAAACAGCAGCGCUUCAACAGGACAAAUGUCAUUCGAAUAUGUUGGUAUGCACAUCAAUGAUCCCGAUGCAGGCACAUCAAACAGUGGCGGUGGAUUUUUAUCAGGCAUUGCAGCAUCCACCACCUCAUCCGCAGGAUCGACAACUUCAUCAGCAGCACCUUCUUCCUCGAAUUCAUGCGUUCAUCAGUCACCCUACGAUUUACGCAGUAAACUUCCCACAAGUAGUAAUAGCCAUGACCAAUGGCCUUCCACAUCAGUAUUACAGCAAUCUGCAGGCUGCAGUUCCAACGGCAAUACCAACAACAAUACUUCCCCCACACCAUCAUGCUCGCACACAACGACGCAACACAACAAUCAUAAUCCAUCGAUGAUGGUGACUGGUGUCAUUGUGGGCCCCUCCUCCUCAUCGUCGUCAUCAUCAUCCUCAUCAUCUGCUGUCUCAAAUAUUCUUAACAAUGGUAAUUCAGUGAACACUUCCAAUCAGUCAACCGCUGUUAUACAUGCACCCUCAACAAAUGCAUCGUUCCCGGUGAAUAAUGCACCCACUGGUGCUCCAUUAACACACCCGCCAACUGUACACAGUUCCAUACCACAACAGCAUUGUAGUGCCCUGCCCAUCGGUGGUUCAGAUGCCAAUAGUUUCAUGUUACCAGCCCGGAAAAGAUCACGACGCUUGUAUACUGUCAACAUGGAUACAGCGUUGAUGUCUCCACCCAAUAUGAGCGGUGGCGGGGGAACAAAUUAUCUUGGUCCGACAGCCGCUCAGUAUUUGCAGUAUGAAUUACCCGAUGAAGUGUUGUUGGUAAUCUUUUCAUAUUUACUCGAACAAGAUCUUUGUCGUUUGGCUCAGGUAUGCAAGCGUUUCAAUACCAUUGCAAAUGAUACCGAACUUUGGAAACGUCUGUAUCAAUCGGUUUUCGAAUACGACCUGCCACUUUUCAAUCCCGAGGUGUGUAAAUUUGUUUUUGAGAAGCCCGAAGAGUCAGAGUAUGCCAAUGCAUGGAAGGAAAGUUUUCGUCAACUGUAUCGUGGUGUACAUGUUCGGCCGGGCUAUCAAAAUAAAAAGUAUCCGGGGCGAAGUAUAGUCUUUUUUGAUACCAUACAAGCUGCCCUUGAUUAUCCGGAAGAACGGGCAGCCGUUUCGGCAGGAGCAUCAACAUCGGCUGCAGCCAUAAAUGCCGGACUCUCUAAUCCCACUGCCGGGGGUGCAAGUGUUAAUGCCCUAGCCAACAUGUAUGAAGAUAAUGUUCCACCCUUGGACCAUCCGGGCCCCUUGAUAUUUUUACAUGCGGGCCAUUAUAAGGGAGAAUAUCUUUUCAUUGAUUCAGAUGUGGCAUUAAUUGGUGCUGCGCCUGGCAAUGUUGCCGAGGCUGUUGUGCUGGAACGUGAAGCCGGCUCCACGGUGAUGUUUGUCGAAGGAGCCAAAUAUGCCUAUGUUGGAUAUUUAACAUUGAAAUUCUCACCGGAUGUAACCUCAACAGUAUCACAUCACAAACAUUAUUGUCUUGAUAUUGGAGAAAAUUGUUCACCGACAGUGGACAAUUGCAUAAUACGCAGCUCAUCGGUUGUGGGGGCGGCGGUGUGUGUGGGUGGCGUCAAUGCCAAUCCCAUUAUAAGGAAUUGUGACAUUAGUGAUUGUGAAAAUGUUGGUCUCUACGUGACCGACUAUGCCCAAGGAACGUACGAACAUAACGAAAUUAGCCGAAAUGCCUUGGCUGGAAUUUGGGUAAAGAAUUUCGCCAGUCCCAUUAUGCGAGAAAAUCACAUUCAUCAUGGGCGAGAUGUGGGCAUUUUUACAUUUGAAAAUGGCAUGGGAUACUUUGAAAAGAACGAUAUUCACAAUAAUCGAAUAGCAGGUUUCGAGGUUAAGGCUGGUGCCAAUCCUACUGUAGUCAAAUGUGAAAUCCACCACGGGCAAACGGGUGGAAUAUAUGUUCAUGAGAAUGGUUUGGGUCAAUUCAUUGAGAAUCGCAUACAUUCAAACAAUUUUGCUGGCGUUUGGAUAACAUCAAACAGCAAUCCAACCAUACGUAAGAAUGAAAUAUACAAUGGUCAUCAGGGUGGUGUAUAUAUAUUUGGUGAGGGGCGUGGUCUGAUUGAGCACAAUAAUAUUUAUGGCAAUGCCUUGGCCGGUAUACAGAUACGCACAAACAGUGAUCCUAUUGUGCGGCACAAUAAAAUCCAUCAUGGACAACAUGGUGGCAUAUAUGUGCACGAAAAAGGCCAGGGUCUGAUUGAGGAGAAUGAAGUAUAUUCAAACACCUUGGCUGGGGUGUGGAUAACAACAGGCAGCACACCUGUUCUUAGGCGGAAUCGUAUACAUUCCGGUAAACAGGUUGGUGUCUAUUUCUAUGACAAUGGGCAUGGAAAACUGGAAGAUAACGAUAUCUUCAAUCAUCUCUAUUCGGGAGUACAAAUACGUACGGGCAGUAAUCCAGUGAUACGUGGCAAUAAAAUUUGGGGUGGUCAAAACGGUGGUGUUCUGGUAUACAACGGCGGUCUGGGCCUUUUAGAACAAAAUGAAAUUUUCGACAAUGCCAUGGCUGGGGUUUGGAUAAAAACCGAUUCAAAUCCCACCCUAAAACGUAAUAAAAUUUACGAUGGUCGUGAUGGUGGUAUAUGCAUCUUCAAUGGUGGCAAAGGUAUUUUAGAGGAGAACGAUAUCUUCCGCAAUACACAGGCUGGGGUAUUGAUUUCAACACAAUCUCAUCCGAUUUUGCGACGCAAUCGUAUUUACGAUGGCCAAGCAGCAGGUGUGGAGAUAACAAAUAAUGCCACCGCCACCUUGGAAUAUAAUCAAAUAUUUAAGAAUAAAUUUGGUGGCCUGUGUCUGGCCAGUGGCGUUCAGCCCAUUACGCGGGGCAAUCAAAUAUUCAACAACGAAGACGAAGUGGAGAAGGCGGUUUCAGGUGGUCAAUGUCUUUACAAAAUAAGCAGCUAUACUUCAUUUCCCAUGCACGAUUUCUAUAGAUGUCAAACAUGUAAUACAACAGAUCGCAAUGCCAUUUGUGUGAAUUGUAUUAAAAAUUGUCAUGCAGGACAUGAUGUAGAAUUCAUCAGGCACGAUCGUUUCUUUUGCGAUUGCGGUGCCGGCACCCUAUCGAAUCAAUGUCAACUACAGGGCGAACCAACACAAGACACCGAUACUCUAUAUGAUUCGGCGGCGCCCAUGGAAUCUCACACACUAAUGGUAAACUAACUAGAACUGUAAAGAUUCCACAACUCUCACACUUCCACAAAACUAAGCAAUUCUAUUUAAAAAUAAUAAAAAUGCAAAGCGAAAAUUGGCCAUACUCCAAGCAAUUAUAAUCGAUGUGUAAACAUGUAUUCAUGUUUCCUCUCUGUCCGCCUACCCCUCUACCCCCCCAUCUCGUGUCUCUCUCUAUUGAACAUUAGAAAUAUGAAAACAAAACAAAAAAAAAAAGAA